AUGGAGGUGGUGGAACUAAGGGGUCAGCUGGACGAGUUGUCCGAAGCUAACGGACGCUUAACGGAGCUGCUUGAAAGGAGGACGCAGGAGCUGGUCGCGACAAAAGAGGAGCUGAUAACGGCCAAGGAGGAGCGCGACGCGCUGGCCAAAGAAAUGGAGGCGCUGCUCGAGUCCCUGUCAGCAUCGCCGCCUGCUGACGUGGCAAAUACAGGCAUGAGCGCCUUGCAGCAGCAACAGCAGCAGCAGAGGGUGCAGCAGGCGGAAGAGGAGGCACGGCAGCUGCAGGUACUACUCGAAACGGCCAUGGCGGAGAGAGACAUGGCUGUGCGCCUUGCUGCCGCCACAGGGAGACUCCCUGCGGGGCUCAUUCCAUCUACCAGCGUUGGCAGCAUCGCCCGUUCAUCCAGUGAAGAGCCGUCGCCUCGGCUGCGUUUCACUCCCCUGGACGUCCGCUUCCGCACCUCUCUUACAAACUCCCCCUCAUGUCUGUCUCCCGCCGGCCGCCCGAGUGCGUACACACCAUCGCCGUUCCGCUCACACAGCGAAUCCAGUUCGGGCAACCGUGUUGACACCAUAGCCAAGUCGUGGCUUGGCGCCGAGCCUGCAGGGCAGCCUCGGCACGGGAUGAUGAGGAGCUCGAGUCGGGGCCUGGUGACGUCAGCCAUACCAAGCAUGGACCCUGGUAGUCCCUCUGUUAAUGCUGGAUGGAGGGGAGCGGCGAGCGGGGAGGUGCAUGUGGGGAAGGGGCACCUGAGGCGGACUUCAACUGCAGGAGGUGCCAUUGAGGCGAGGCGUGUGUGGGAAUCGCGAUCGCCCAUUUCGAUGAGCCGACCCGGAAGUGCCGAUAUAGGUGCGCUGCAACAAGGGGCGGAGCAUGCUGUGGGGAGCAAGGCUGCGGAUAAAGGGGCGAAGAAAGGGGGACUGAAAGGCAUACUUUCACGCAAGUCUAAGCAAGUGAGAUGGUCGCGACCCUUGCCGCCGGGUUGGGCAGUGCUUCCGCCACUGCUGCUCCCCGCCUCACGCGCAUGCCCCUCCGCCGCCGCCUUCUCCGCCAUCCCCGCUUCCGCCCGUUUCUCCACCGUCACUCGCGCCCCUUCCGCUGCCUUCUCGCCUGCUGACGCAUUCUCCUCCGCCGCCACUGCCCCCCGCCGUUUCCUCCGCGUCCCCCGCUUCCACCUCGUCCGCCGGCGCUUCCGCCGCUCCCCGCGCCCCCCCCGCCCUCGUGCCCAUCUCGACGGUCCUCGUGGCAAAUCGCGGCGAGAUCGCGUGUCGCGUGAUGCGCACUCUAAAGCGCCUCGCGAUAUUCGCUCAGUGGCCGUGUACAGUGAUGCGGACCGCGACGCGCUCCACGUCCAAUCCCUAUCAGGCCAUUCACCCCCGGCUAUGGCUUUCUCUCCGAGAAUGUCUGACUUCGCUGCAGCGCCAUUCACCCGGCUAUGGUUUUCUCUCCGAGAAUGCCUGGACUUCGCUUUCUACUGCGACCAUUCCAUGUCUCCACUCUCCAAAAUCCCCCCUUCCGUGCCCCCCUCCUCCUUCCCUUUUGCUCGGGUCCCCCAAACCCCCCCUUCCGCCCUUCCCCCGCCCUUCACCCCCUCCAGUGCGGCCAAGGAGCUGAUGACGUCAGCAGGGGUGCCGGUGGUCCCGGGGUACCACGGCGAGGACCAAUCAGAGCGCUUCCUGCAGGAGGAGGCGGGGCGGAUCGGAUACCCCAUUCUGAUCAAGGCCACUCAGGGGGGCGGGGGGAAGGGCAUGCGCAUAGUGCGUCAGCCUCAGGACUUCCUCGCCAGCCUGGCGAGUGCAGCGAGGGAGGCGGCAGCAUCGUUUGGCAAUGGACGGGUGCUGCUGGAGCGAUACAUUCAGAGGCCCACGCACAUUGAAGUGCAGGUGUUUGCAGACAAGCACGGCGAUGUGGUAUUCGCAGACAAGCACGGCAAUGUGGUGCAUCUGUUCGAGAGGGACUGCAGCGUGCAGCGGCGGCACCAGAAGAUCAUCGAAGAGGCUCCCGCUCCGGGCAUAUCUGAGGAGUUUAGGGAGAAGAUCUGCUCCGCUGCUGUUGACGCUGCCAAGGCGGUGGGGUACGAGGGGGCAG